AAUUUCGUUUUUGGACCGUAACAGAGUUGAACGCUUUUCCCAAUUAUUGCGCCAUUCGUGAAUAGUAAAUAGAUGUGUAUAUUCAGUCUCAGAUAGUUUCUUGGUGGUUUAGGUGGAGCAAAAUGUUUUCUUUGCGCAAAAAAGUCUUCUUACUCAUAUGUUUUCUGCAAACUUUGAUAAUACGCCCGUCCUAUACUAUGGAAAAUUCGCCUGAUUAUCUAGAAAAGGAAAUGUUGACUGACUGUCUUAUGGAACUGAACAUGUCAGAAUUGUUGCGACUUCAGCGUUCAUUGGAAAGACUACCUGAACUUCAUGAGAAGAAAGGUUUUGAAUCCAACGUAAACGAUGCAUUUAACAAAACAAAGAACGAUUCGGGUGUUUGUGAUUCGUCUAAAGAAAAUAAUAAAACUAGUUCUUGUGUGAGUCCACAAGCCUUACCGCUAACUGCAGAGAAACGUGGCUACGAACAUCAUCCUUGGCAACCAGAGGAAAAGCCUUCUAAAUUGCAAACUUUAUUCCAUAUCACCAUUACGGCGUUGGCUUUUCUAUCCUUCGGCGGAUAUCUGCUUUGCCUUAUUGUGCAAGCUAUAAGGAGCAAAGGCAAAACCUACUUUCACCCUGCUGCAACUACUACAAUGACUAACACAAAUGGUGGAGUUAAGAGAAUAAAAAUUUAUCGACGUAGUCGCCGAAGAGUACAGUCUACGCCGAAUGAAGUGCAUGCAUACAUAGCUUAUUAUUAGGCACACAUAUUCUAUUUUUUAUUGCAUUUUUAUAUGUAUUAAGCAUUUGAUAUAUUAUUUGAUAUAUGGCUGCAUCAAACUACUCACCUAGCUGAAUCGUACAUUUGAUU